AGACCACACGCCAGUCAACUCUGUGGACCAUCAACGUCAACGAGCUGUGAGGAGAGACCUUCAGUCCUCGCAGGGUAACGACACACCAGAGGCCAGUAAUAUGCCAAAUAUGAUCAAAUGAUGACUGAACUCAGAUAUCCAAGCUGAAGUCCACCUUGUUAAAGGCUGUGGUCCACCUCUCCAGUUGCGUGGUGUCUCGAUAGAAAGUUCAUCGUCAGCAGAGUCACUCGCGAUACUUUUGGAAAAGUUAUCAACAAGUGAAGAGAAAACAAUUUUCCUCUUUAUCGCCACUUAUCUAAACCCUACUCGUGGAUCGAAACUUAAAAUGUCCAGAGGAAAAGCCGUUUGUUGUGCUCAGCUGACCCUGCUGUUGGCCGCUGUGGUGGGCUGCGUGCAGGUGCCAGACCUCUCUUUGACUCUGACCAGUGAGAGGACCACAAUCGAAAGGACGUAUGAACUGACCAAGUACUUGGAGCAUCAGCUGAAGGAUAUCAAAGACACCUAUCUCUCCUACCUGGGGCCUCCCUUCAGUGACCCGGAUUUCUCGCCGCCAAGGCCCAAUAGCUCGUCGCUGUCGGUGCCCAGCGCGGCCACGCGUGUGGAGCUGUGGCGCGGCCUGGAGAACGGCGCACGGCUGGCGCAGAACCAGCGGGCGUACCGCGUGCUGCUGUGUGCCAUGCGCGAGCUGGCGCGCUCCACGCUGUGCCCGUACCUGCAGAGCUCGCUGCUGCACUUCUGCUCCGGCCUCAACGGCCUGCUGGGCUCCAUCACGGGCCUCAUGCGGAGCCUGGGCUACACGCCGCCGCAGCUCGGGGACGUCCCCCUGCCCCUGCCCGGCGACGGGCAGCCCCUGCUGACCGAACGCCCCGCCUCCAACGAGUUCUCCCGCAAGGUGGAGGGCUUCUGGGUGCUGCGCGAGCUGCAGAGCUGGCUGUGGCGCUCGGCCAAGGACUUCAACCGCCUCAAGAAGCGCCUCAAGGCCUGAAAACACAGAAAGAGAGAGAGACAGAGAGAGGGAGAGAGAGAGACAGGAAGAUGACAGAGACAGACAAACAGACUGACUGACUGACAGAGAGAGAGGAAGCAGAAGUGGAAAAAAAGAAUAAAAGAAGUGAAAAGAGAGGAAGUGAAUGAACGAAUGAAUGAAUGAAUGAAUGAAUGAGUGAAUGAAGCUGUAACUCUGCACAGUCAAUGGAGCCCUCUCUCUCUGAUGAAUGAGGCGGACUGAGGGAAUGCAGACUCAUUCAGAGGCAGACGUGACUCAGCUGCUCAGACUAGGGACUCGAGUCACGUCACACUUUCACCAGGAAGAAGACAA